GCCAGCCACCCACCUGUCACAUUCACAACAAAUUCAAAAACGCAAUAGAAAUGUAACCAAAAAUAGUCACAAAAUGAGUGCAAUAUUAAAAUUUAUCCGUGAAAACCAUAUACUGGCUCUAAUAGAACAGGCUAUAGUAAAGAAGAAGUCCCGGUUGAGUUUGAACGCGUUUGAAAUAAUAGAAAUACCGGAGUUACUCUACACCUGUGCCGAUGUUAAACAUCUUUACCUCCAUAGAAAUAAAAUUACCGUGGUCCCAGUGGAAAUAACUCACUUAGAGAACUUAACAACGUUAACGCUAGACUAUAAUAAUAUCAGUUAUUUGCCGCCUGAGAUAGGUCAUUUAAAACAAUUGGUGAAUCUGAACAUAAGCUACAAUCCUCUGCAUGUGUUGCUACCGGAGAUUGGCGAACUUGAAAACCUGGAAGCGUUCUGGUGUAAUAAGAUAGGGCUUCGAGAGAUACCGAAAGAGAUCGGGAAGUUGACAAAAUUGGAUACUUUCGGCGCGCGAGGCAAUGAGCUCAAGACUAUUCCUGAAGAAAUGACCAAAUUAACUAGACUAAGAUGGUUGACUUUAGAAAACAACUACAUAGAAACAUUACCAUCUACUAUGGACUGCAUGGAGGCCCUCGUCCACUGUAACCUGAGGAACAACAGGGUCAAGGAGUUCCCCGUCUCCAUACUCAAAUGUCCAGACUUAAUGUUCCUGCAAUUAAAUAACAAUCAGAUUUCCUCCAUACCAGAGAAGUUCGACAUGACAUAUCUGACCGUUUUGGAAAUGAUUGAUCUUAGGAUGAACCCCAUUUGUGAAUUGUCGCAUCCAGACCAUCCCUUAGUAAGAUACGCUGAAGAGCUUCCGUCGACGGAAGGUACUCUAGUCGACCUGUCCUCCCAGCCUUCGUCCAGCAGUCGUCACGCUGCCGCCCAAGCAUUAGCUAUCAACGCCACCGCCCUACGACUGCCGGCUGUCCCGCCUAACAGACACGCUGAGCCCAUGGUCAUAGAAAUGGAACUAGACGCAUCAUCAGAGGAAUCCUCCGAAGACUGGGAGAACAGCGUGAACAGUUCAGAGUUAGAUGUACAGUACCAGAGCGACGAGGAAAGAGCAGAGAAUGAGAUCGCACAAUUCUUCCAGGCAGUUGGCAUGGUCCUCCCAGAGCUGUCCCGAUACGCGUCCACCGCCAGCUGAGUCCGGCGCACAACUGAAGAAAUAG